AAAGUUUUUGUGUUCCCUAGGAUAGGACCAUUUUCUUUUUAAGAUUCGCAUCUCAAAGGUCCAGAGAUGUUUCCCGCCAUAAAGGACCUCCUUCUAACUUCCCUUUAUAGUUUAUACUACCAUCCUAGCUAGCAAUAGCAUGCUUCCUUUACCGCCAGAUUCUAGAGAGAGAGAGAGAGAGAGGGAGAGAGAGAGUUCCCUGAUCCAAAGAGAUGAAGGGCGUAUCUGAAGUAAUUUUGGGUGCAACCUUAAUAUUGGUGGCGAUCCUUGCAGUGGUUUUGGGUCUUAUAUUUGUGCUGCUAGCUGAGCUCUACUGCUCUCUCUUACUUCGCCGGCGCAACCUCAGAGACAGCAACUCCGACAACGCUAUUCCCAUUGCCACCACUCAAACCAUCACCACCACUACCAGAGCCAAUGCUUCACCUUCACACACAUCUCAUCCCCAACAACAGUCUCCUCCUCCUCCAUUCAGCAGCAUUUAUGCACAAGGAGUCCUCCAAGCUCCAAGAAGCAUGCUUUUGCCCACGGUUUCAAGAAAAGAAGACAUAGCUGGGCCUAAGAAGCAGCUUUCUGAGUUUCUUCACCAGGUUGUUGAAAUCCAAACUCAAGAAUCAAAUGCAAGCCCAUGUCAGGUUGGAGUUCUCUCUGCUUCUAGUUCUUCUUUCCAACCAGAAAUGUUGAUGUCUAAAGCUCCCCAAAAGCCAAUUCACAAAGAUACAGACCAACCCUGCAGUGGUGGUGGGGAACACCUUGAGCUUGUGUACAUUUCAAACCCCAUUUAUGAGAGCCAAGGCAGUGGAGAAAAUACACCAUUUAUGACACCAGAGACUUCACCUUCACGUUUGGAGAGUGGUUCAUCAGGGGAGGCAUCAUCACCUCCUUGUGGUGCUUCCUCAUACACACCUCCUCUAUCUCCAAUGAAGAAGCUCCCUGCAGAGGCUUCUUGUUCUGUUUCUCUUAGAGAUUCCAGGUCCUUGGGCACUUCUGGCAGUGAUUUCCAUAGCAACAAAUGCCUCUCUUCUUUAUUUUCAGCUUCUCCUUGUACUUCUCCUGCAUGGUAAUUGUGAUUAUUCAAUGGCUUGGUUAGAGUGCUACUGUGGAAGCUAGCUUUCUUCUUGUUGGUUUGUUAGAAGCUUUGUCUGGUACUCUGGUGAGAGUACUCAGUACUGUUAAGAACAAAAGUAGUAACUGCAGGUUACCACGUGAGAGAAAGCUGUGAGUUCUUUCUUUUUGCAGGUAUGGUUAAUUGGUUAUUAGAGAUUUAUUAUUGGGGUCCCUGGCCCCCUCCAAAAAACAUAGCAUAUUCAGUCCCCAUUUUUAAAGAAAAAUUAAAAAAAAUAAUAAUUCAUUCACUCUCCAAUAGUCC